GACUAAUCCGUGAUAAAAGAAAAUACGAAAAGAAAGACAGCAGGAAACAAGCGAUUAAAAAAGAAGAGAAGUGAGAGAACCAGAAAAGACACAAAGGAUGAGAUAAUCAAGGAAAAACUGUAAAAAAAAGAGAAAAAAAAAUCCUUUCUCUUAAGUCCCCCUUGGAGGUCGCUCAGAGGUCAACGAUGAAAGAAAACGACCUCCUGGAUGACUGCCAGCGCCAUCUAUUGAGCUCGAGUGACUCCGAGGACGACCAGAGACCUGACAUCAACGACCUGUACAUUGAUGUUCUUGAAUCGGAGUUCCAGAUUCCUUUGCAGCCAGGAUGGUUCAGUCGGAGGACGAGGAUGGAGAGGUACCUCAUGCUGGCAGCGACGACCGCGGUCUUCGUCGUCGUCGGCCUCGCCAUCUCCCUCGCCGGUGUUGUCUACAGCUAUCGGAUGGGCAUACUAAAGGGCAGCGACACCUCAAUGCUGCCACUUAUUUCGGCAGAGCCACUCACGGCCUGCCAGGAGACGUUCCCUGAGAGUCCCAGCGAGACCUGCCAAAGCAAAGGAUGCGUCCGGGCAGCGGCGAAGCUGAUCGACUCGAUGGACGAGGCCGUGAACCCCUGCGACGACUUCUUCCGGUUCUCGUGCGGCGGUUUCCUGCAGAAGAAGAUCAUCCCUGACGAGAAGUCGUCCCUGUCGCGCUUCAACGAGAUCUCGGACGACCUGCAGGAGAAGCUGCGCGGGCUCGUCGAGGCGGAUCCCAGCGACGACGACUCGCCCGCCACCAAGAUGGUCAAGAACCUCUACAAGUCGUGCAUGGACACCGACCGCAUCAACGAGCGCGGCCUGAACCCCCUGAAGGAGAUCCUGACGCAGAUGGGCGGCUGGCCCGUGGUGGAGGGCGCGGCCUGGGACUCCUCGGGCUUCGACUGGCACACCAACGUCUACAUCAACCGCAAGUUGGGUUACUCGCUCGACUACAUCUUCGACUUCUCCGUCACCACCAACAUCAAGAACUCCACCUGGAGGAUCAUCGACUUACUCAUUCAUCCACCUCGCUUCCAGUUCUCGCUGCCCAAGGAAGAGCGCCGCAAUGCAACCAAACUGUACAACCUCAUGACGGUCGCCGAGUUGCAGGAGAAGGUGCCCCAGAUCCCGUGGCUGCAAUACUUCAAUACCAUUCUUAGUCCCUUCCAUGAGAUCGGUAUCGAUGAGCCAGUAGUCGUCGGAGUCCCCGACUACGUGAAGAACCUCGGCAAACUCCUUACAAGAACGCCCAAAAGAGUGAUCGCCAACUACAUGCUGUGGCGCGUGACGGCCGCCUCCGUGGGCUACCUGACCGACGACGCCCGAGACAUUCAGCUGAAGUAUUCCAAGAAGAUCGUGGGCAAAGGGACCCGGGAGCCGCGCUGGAAGGAGUGCAUGGGCUCUGUGUCGGGCAGCCUGAGCCACGCUGUAGGCUCCAUGUACGCCCGCGCCUUCUUCAGGGAGGACGCCAAGGCCGCCGCCGACGAGAUGGUCCGCUACAUCCGCGCCGAGUUCGACCAGAUCCUGCACACCAUCGACUGGAUGGACGAGGCCACGCGCGAGAGGGCCCUGGCCAAGGCGAAGGCCAUCACGCCGCACAUCGCCUACCCGCCCGAGCUCCUCGAGGACGACAAGCUCACUGAACUCUACGACGGGCUGGAGAUCUCCAACGGCGACCUCCUGGAGAACAUGCGGAACCUGACCAUCUUCGGCACCAACUACUCCUUCAAGAAGCUGCGCGAGAAGAUUGACAAGAAGGACUGGAAGAACCACGGCGCCGCCGCCGUCGUCAACGCCUUCUACAGCCCCCUCGAGAACUCCAUACAGUUCCCCGCCGGCAUCCUGCAGGGCGUCUUCUUCGAGGCGGAGCGACCCAAGUACAUGAACUUCGGCGCCAUCGGCUACGUCAUCGGCCACGAAAUCACCCACGGCUUCGAUGACUCCGGUCGCCAGUUUGACGAGAAGGGCGACCUCCGCGACUGGUGGGAGAAGCAGACCAAGGACAAGUUCCUAGAGAAGGCCAAGUGCAUCAUCUACCAGUACGGAAACUACACGGCCAAGGAAGUCAACCUGAAUCUGAACGGCAUCAACACGCAGGGCGAGAACAUCGCUGACAACGGCGGCAUCAAGGAGGCCUACUACGCGUACCUGCAGUGGGCGAAGGACAACGGCGAGGAGCGGCCCCUGCCCGGGCUGCCGUUCAGCACGCGCCAGCUCUUCUGGCUGUCGGCCGCCAACGUGUGGUGCGGGAAGUACCGGCCCGAGAGCCUCAAGCUCCGCAUCCUGACGGGCGCCCACUCGCCGGCGGAGUUCCGCGUGAACGGGCCCUUCAGCAACCUGCCGGAGUUCGCCAAGGACUGGAGCUGCCCGGCCGGCGCCAAGAUGAACCCAUCCAAGCGCUGCGCCGUCUGGUAACGCACGACGGCGGCGGAGGCGAGCGGGAGCGGGGAUACAGGCUUAUCUUUUUUUCUGAUUAUUGUUUUCAUUUUAUAGUUCUGGGUUUGCCCUUUGGUCUCUGACGGAAGAGAGCGAUGACGUUUAUGAAUGGGCUCGGCAAAACGUUUUUUUCUGUUCGACGGUCCAUGAUGUAACCUACUUAUCUCGUUCCUGGUGCUCCAUGGUUGCUACAGGGGACAUUGCCAGUCCAGUUUCUGUUAUAUAUUUUUUUCCAUUUUAAAUGCCAGCGUAUCACAUCCCCUAACCUCCCCAUAUAUGAAUAUCUGGAUAAAAGAAAGAAAAAAAUAAAAAAAAUAAAAAAGAUUAUAAAACAGUGACAAAAAACGUGAGAAAAAAAUCCUGGCCGCACAUUGUCUCAAAGGUGCGGUAAACCGGGAAAUCCUUUGAAGUUGUUAAAACAUUAUAUAUCUGUCAUGUAUAUAUGUAUAUAUAUAUAUAUAUAUAUAUAUAUAUAUAUAUAUAUAUUGUAUAUAUACAAAUAUGUAUUUAUGUGUAUAUAUAUACAUACACAGGUGUAUAUAUACAUAAUUAUAGAAAUACAUUUGAAAAGUCUAACAUUUCCCUCUCAUACCAUUUAGAAGUCUUACAUCCCAGCAAAAAAAAAAAAAAAAAUCUCAUUUCCGUCUUUCAAAUCAGUUCCCGUUUUCUCUGUCUUUCAAAGGACGUGCCCGGUUUCCCGUUUUCUUCGAGUCUGUGUCCACGUAGUUGGCGCCCUUUUCUCCGGCUGGGCCGAGAUGACGGGGCGCGAAAAAGCUGUUCUUAGAAUGAAGCUGAGUAGGUUUUGAAAGAUUAUAUAUAUAUUUUUAAUAAGAGUAUAUACAAAGUCAGGAUUUUUUAGGAAGUCGAAUUUUUAAACAAACCCCGAGGGAAAACCGUGAUCUGAAAGCUUUUUAAUUAUAGUGAGUCUCCCCUCUUUAAGUGUGUGAAGGAAAGAAAAUACAUUUUCUUUUUUGUUGUUUCAUAUAUUUGUUUUAAUAGAUUGUACACAACUGGGAGUACAAGCGAUUUUUUUUUAUGUUUGAUAUUUCACAUGGUUUCUUUUUUACAGUAAUUUAAUUACUUCGAUAGCCGAUUUUUUUCAGUCUUCUUAACCCGUAAUGUUCUAAAAGAAUUUGCUUUGAUUUUGCCUUCUGCACUAGUACUUAUAUAUCAUUUAGUUAUUUGUA